UUGCUGCGCCUUAUCAAAUAAAUGACGUCACUGAGAGCAAUAUACUGUCGCCAGUAGUCUCAUCUACAGACCCGUUACCGAAUGUUGGCGUCCCUGUUUAUACGCCAAUAUUUAACGAAGAUGCAGAUAAGCAAUGGAAAUGGAUGCGAACAUUUCCACGAGUUUCUUUCGACGAUGAGUCCGGCUCGGCUCGCAUAUCAUGCCGUACUUUUACAAACAUGACACAGAAGCGAAUCUAUGAGGUUUUUCGUCAUUUCUACGUUUACGAUGCUUUUGUGAGAGACGUGCAGACUGGGACACGAGCAAUGUUGCAGUCAAGCUUUUCGCGGGAAGAGGGUCUCCAGCGAGUGACAAAAGCUUUGAUUGACAGGCUUAUAUCUACAGGACAGAUGACAGAAUCGUCAUCAUGCUUGGUGCCCGCUUACUCAUCGCCUCUCCUGCUCAUCCAAGGAGCUUGCCCGCCAAAACAUGGAAUCGAAUGCGACACGGUAUGCGAGUUUGCUUGCAGUGACAGCAGCUACACAUUGCUGGGGAGUUCUACAAUAAAAUGCCAGCCAAAUGGAACCCUCUCUGAUGAAUUUCCCCGCUGUAAAGAUACCCCUGGUAAAUUCGAAUUUCAGUCUUACGGAUCGUAA